AAUAUAGUAGCCCACGUUAUAUUCCAGAAUGUCAUUAUCACUAAAUAAGGAAACAUGAUGUUAUGUGCAGUUCGAAAGUGGGAGGCGGUGUGGCGAAUUAUAUUGCGUUUGAACAUUUAAAAGUGCUUUUCUUGAUUUCUUUGUUCGUUGAAGGUCAUAACAUUCAGUGUAAAAUGUUUCCAUUGCUGGCAGUGACCGAACAUUUCUGUUUUGAUAAAAAAUGAAAUUCCAUCCAUGUUACUGCCUUGCACAAUUUGUAACAGAACGUUUAAGCCAGAAUCACUUGAGAAACACAUUAAAAUUUGUGAAAAAAAUGUGAACAAGAAGAGAAAAACUUUUGAUUCCUCAAAGCAAAGAAUUCAAGGCACUGAAUUGGCAGAAUUUUCUCCAGUUAUUCCAAAAAAGGCUGAGAAGUCUCCAGUCAGAAAAUCCAAAUCAAUAUGGAAGGAGGAACACCAGGAGUUCGUUAGAGCAAUUCGACAAGCUAGGGGCAUCAAUGAAGUUCCUGGACAGAGAAGUUUACCACCUGUGGUAGCUCAAACAAGGUCAACAAAUAAUGAGAAAUGCCCACACUGCAAGAGAAAUUUCGGACCAAAGGCUUUUGAUCGACAUAUAGAAUGGUGCAAGGAACAGAAGGCUCGAAUUCCAAAAUCACCUGUUAGUUUCUUAGCAAAGGAAAGGCUGGAAGCUAGAACCAAGUAUCGGGCUCCAGUAAUAAAAUCAAAACGUUCAUUGACCAGAGAGAAAUAUUCUCAUCAUCUUCAUGGUGGUGGGAGUUCUUUGGGCAGUCGCAGCAACUCUAUCAAUUGCAGUAGUUUGUCAGUGUGCAGUAACAGUUCAGGUCAUACUGUAGCAGCACCAGCAGAGCCUAGCAUUAAGACAAGUGCUCCUCGAAGCCCAGGAAGUGCACCUUCCUCACAACAUAGCAGUGCAAGGGAGAGUCUGAGCUCUUCAACUUGUGGGCUGGAGCACAAUAAUAAUGCACCAUCCCACAGAGUACAGCACAGUAAUGGCUCUCCAUCCCGCAGUCUACAACGCAAUAAGAGCUCUCCAGCCUCUGGUCUACAGCGCAGUAAUAUGCCUCGAGGUAGCAUUCAUCAGUUAGCGUCAUCUCCAAUAAAAAUAAUUUCUCCAAGUAGGAAAGAUGGUGCUAGUAGGAAGGGGGAGUCAGUGACAAAGGUCCAGUCUUCACAGAAGAACUCUGCAGAUGAGGGCUUGCAAGACAUAUUUUCCUCUUCCUGCAAUAUUGCUCGCCUCAGUCUAUCUGGAAAGAACCCUAAGUCUAUUUCUGCCCCGUUUGUUGCUGUUGCCAGAAACAGGAACACAAAGAAUGAAAUGAAGUCAAAUAGGGUUAAACUUCCGACAUUCUUGAACAAGGGCCUUACUCCCAGUAUACCUAGUAUGGCCCUCAUACUCAGUAGUACAGUUGCCACUUCUGAAGAAAUGUAUGAUCCUUACGUUUCGGCUGAGCGUCAAAUGUUGGAGCUUCUAUCUCAUGGAGACUGGCCAGGGAUAUCAGAGAUAGAAAGGGAACAACAAAAUCAGCAGCAGCAUCAACAACAACAUCAAACACAAGUGUUUACAGAGCCACCUGUUCAGUCUCCACCAGUGUCUUCAACUCCCCCAGCACCAAAUGAGUUGCGUACAUCUCCAACCUCUGCAUUUAUUAAAUACUCCUCUUCUAAACCUCAAUCAGAUGUUCCAUUGAUGGUUGACGAAUCAGCACUUGAUUAUCCUUCUUCUGACUUCAAUGAUCUGAUUAUCUCAGGCCAUAAUCCCAGUUCCCUACAAUCUCCACAUAACAUUUCACUUUCCACACUUACCUCAGAAUAUGAUAAAAACAGUUAUAAUAUUAACAAUAACAGAGAUUUCACUAUCAGCCUCAGUAACCUUAGUCUUUGUUCAAUACCAGACUUUGAUUUUAACUUUGAUUUAGACAUAAAUGUGACUAACCGCAGCAGUAACAGUAGAAAGAAAUAUAGAAAGAAGCUUGAAAAUGCAGCCCUUGCACUACAACAGUCUGUAUCACUCUAUCAUCCAGGACCCGUAGCAAAUGAUGAGAGCCAACUGGAGAUAGAUGAUGUAGGUGAUUCUCUUGUACAUACAUCAGAGACUGAAGAUAAUUCUAGUCCAUUACAUCUUACAUCCUCUUUUCCCCUUUCUAUUUCUGACCCCAAACCUGUAAGCACAUCCUCUUUGUCAGUUGUACAUGCUCAUGAUAAUUCUGAAGAACUGAAUGAGAAAUUGGAGGCAAGGAAGAAACGUCAUGAACUCAGCAAGAAUAAUGUUCAUGUAGAAGAUGAAUUUACUUUGCAAGACAGUCACAAUAAUCACCGAUCUACUGGCAGUAAGAUCAGUGGAGAUUCAGCUUACAGCAGGAGUUGCUUUUUAUAUGAUCCACUCAGCUUGAAUCGAAAGUCCCCAAUGGCUGAUGUUGGCUAUCAAGGCCUGGAAAGGCACUCAGAAGUGAUACUCGAUGCUGAUCGCUGCUGCCUGAGCUCCAGUGGAUCAGAAUCAUCACUUCCACCUCUCUGUCCUGUUCAGAUGGAAAGGCAUGGUGGCAAGAGCCCUCUGCUUACUUCAGCUACACCACUGGUUCUUCAGCCCAAUUCAGGUCUGCAGUCACCACCAAAACUGUCAAAGUUCUGUCAUGAAUGCGGCUCAAAAUAUCCUGUCACUAUGGCAAAGUUCUGUUGUGAGUGUGGAAUGAAAAGGCUGUUCAUUUGAGUAAAAUUUUGCAACCUGAAUUGCUUUUAAACUCAGUUUUAUUCUGAUCCAACUUUUUCACCUAGCAUAUGAGGAAUAUAAUACUCACAAGUUUUGAAAUUAUUUCUGAGAGAAAACAUGAGAUUUGAUCUUAUGCUCAUACCACAUUGCCUCAGAUAUUUGCUACUUCUGAUUAUAAACCAAAUGACCAAAAAUGAAUUUAUUUUAAAGGAAGAGUAGGAAAAGUAAUAUUUUCAUAUAUUGUUUUUUCCCUCUUUUUAACAGACUUACAGAGGUUUACAUUUGGUAAAGCAUUUGACAAAUUUAAAGUAGCAACCAGCACAAUCUGCUGAUAUAAUAAAAAGUUGUAUAUUGUUAAUGGAUUGAUCUGCUAGAGUUAAAAUAAUUUUUGGGUAAGUUGUGUUUCAUUCUCAGAACUAUGUGAUUAUUUUAUACCAUGAAAUCAGUGAUAUGUAUUUUGUAACCUGCAUGCUUUGUAAUUACCAUAUUUAGUUAGAAGAUAUUUAGGUCACUAGGGUUUCAUAAUUUAGUGAUUUACUUUGAUUGCAAAUAAGACAAUAUUAGCCCAUUAAAUGUUGUUUUCUUGUCAUUUCAUUUUAUUAGAUUGAUAUUUUGCUUGGAAUAAUGUCUUUUAAUCUUAAAGAACUGUGUGGUUUUACAAAUUCUAUAGUUUUUUGUUACAGUAGUUUUAUUUAAGAUUUUGUUACCAGAACAAAUUACCAAAUAUUAACAGUAUUUUUAAGGUGCUGGAGCAAGUUUGUUGAAUUGACAACAGUUUUUAUCUCAUAUAUUGUGGUAUAAUCACUCUGUUUAUGAAAGCCUGACAAAUCUGUUUAAUUGAAAAUAAUAUUAAUAUGACUAAAUUAUUGUAUAAAAUAAUGUUUUUGUAAUUAACAUUAUGUAGUUAUGUAUGUGAACACAGUGACAAAAGGCAAGGAUAAUUCAAGACGUAUGACUAGGAAUCAGAAUGAGCCAAGCACGUAAAUAUAAAGACAAGAUGGAAGUAUUAAUUCCAUUUUUUAAAAAGACUGAUUUUAUUCACUCUGAACUGUUUUACUUUUUGUUGUUUUUUAAAUAUUUUUAAAGGAUAAUGAGACAUUGCCUGCAUUAUUGUAAAAUGAAAUAAAGAAGUUUCUCAUCUAUGGGACCAAUUUCAUAGUGCUACAUCAUCUUUCAUCGUGGUAACAUUGUAGAAUGUCAUCGAUACUCUGUCUGUUUAGCAUUCCUGAUGGUGAUCAGAAAUUUUACUGCAAUUUUAUGUUUGUUAUUUUCGUUUAUUUUUUGGAAACUAAGAACUUUGUUGAAUAAGUGAACAUUUUUGGAUAUGUAUUCAUGUUUUUUUCUGUUAGGUUUGAUGGACAUAUUAAACAAUUUGUAGAUAAAUCUACUAACAUAGUUAUUUUUUAUGUUCAUUUUGAUGUUUAUGAGACUUGAAUUGCCUUUUAUGUUAACUUUUUAUAAACAUGGAGAAAACAUUUCAAACAAGUUAUUGUAAAAAGAUUGUUUCUUAUGUAUUUUAUAACACAUUACUUAACUGGAUGAUUUAUAAGAAUUCUGACAUUUCUAAAUAUGGAGGAAUCGGAUUUGUACAAAUAAAAUUUAGAUUGAAAUUGA